ACAAGAGAUGCGACCCAGCUGUCGGAUUUAUGCGCUCUGCGAUGGCAAGAGGGGAUCAGAAAGCUUUCCGCGUCCCUGUGUGCUGGUGUGUGUGAGUGUGUGUGAGUGUGAGAGUGUGUGUGCUUACUGAGAACUAUUGGAUCAGGAACAGUGUGGACUUUUACAUGCUGCAUGGGAACACUACGCAGUGUUGGAUUAUAGGCUUUUUUCCGUGUUUUGUGCAGUUUCCUCGCGUCUCCUGCUGAAGUGCUCUCACAGUGACUGGAGUACAUGCUAUCAUGCCGAUGAGUAGUGGACUGGCGUGUAAGAACUACGAUUACGAGUACGACUCGUUGCAGCCGUACUUUUACAUCGACAACGAUGAGGAUUUCUACAGCCAGCUGCGGCAGCAGGCCCAAGCGCCCAGUGAGGACAUUUGGAAGAAGUUCGAGUUGCUGCCCACCCCGCCGCUUUCCCCCAGCCGGCGACCCUCUACUGCUGAGCAGCUGGAGAUGGUGAGCGAGUUACUCGGCGACGACGCGGUCAACCAGAGCUUCAUCUGCGACUCUGAUCCCUCGGUUUUGCUCAAGUCGAUCAUAAUCCAAGACUGCAUGUGGAGCGGCUUCUCGGCGGUCGCCAAGCUCGAGAAGGUGGUGUCCGAGCGGCUCGCGACUCUGCACGCGCGCAGGAGGAGUCUGUCCGCGUGCGCCGGCGCUGAGGGCGCGGACGGCGGCGGGGUCUAUCUGCAAGACCUCAGCGCCUCGGAGUGUAUCGAUCCCUCCAUGGUGUUUCCGUAUGCGCUCUCGGAAUCGCCCAAGUGCGCCAAACUCACUGCGCCUCCGGAUCCCGAGCCGCCCUUAGACACUCCACCCAACAGCAGCAGCAGCAGUAGCAGCAGCAGCAGCGAUUCAGAUGAUGAUGAAGAAGAGGAGGAGGAGGAGGAAGACGAGGAGGAUGAGGAAGACGAUGAGGAGAUCGAUGUGGUGACUGUGGAGAAGCGUCAGAGGAGGAGCGAGGUUGAGACAAGUGAAGCCAGGCAGCCCAGUCCGCUGGUGCUGAAGCGCUGCCACGUCUCCACACAGCAGCACAACUACGCCGCUCAGCCGUCCACGCGACAUGAACAUCCAGCUAGCAAGCGCCCACGCCUUGAAGCCUCCUCCCUGGGCCAUGGUAGCAGCCGGCACAGCAAACCAAGGAAGUGCACAAGUCCACGCACGUCAGAUUCGGAGGACAACGACAAGCGGAGGACACACAAUGUGCUGGAGCGUCAGCGUCGCAACGAACUUAAACUGAGCUUUUUCGCCCUACGUGAUGAGAUCCCUGAGGUGGCAAACAAUGAAAAGGCAGCCAAGGUUAUGAUCCUGAAGAAAGCAGCAGAGUGCAUCCACAGCAUGCAGGGAGAUGAACGGAGGCUGCUGUCCAUCAAAGAACAGCUGAGGAGAAGGAGUGAACUAUUAAAACACAGAUUACAGCAGUUACGGAGGUCUCAGCUAUAAAAAAAAAAAAAGCAGAGAAAACACUUUAAAGACUUUAAAGAAAAAAAGACUCUUAAGAACUGUUCCUCAUUUUUUAAUGCAAGUUGUGCAUAUUUUGAUUUAUUUUGCUGUUUUUUUGAAUAUGUCAGAUUUUUGUCUAUGUUUAAAACUGCCUCAAUUUAAAGUGGUGGUCAAGUAAGAUAAUUUGUAUUUAAGUCAUUUAUUUUUAUUAAUAAAACAAGAAAACAGGGAGUUUUUGCCCUAACAAAAUAAUUUGUAUUUUCUUUUUGUAUAUAUUGAAAUUCAUAUUUCAUAAAAAGUGUAUUUUUUGAUCUUUAUUGUCUGAGUGUUCUUCAGACUGCAUUUUGUUGUUUUUUUCUCACAAAUGAUUCUGAACCAUAAAUUCAUUUUUUUCUCCUGAAAACGUUGGGUUUUGUAUUUUUUAAGA